GGUUGUUGUAGUGCCGAGUGUGCACUGAGUGCCGUACCGGCCCGUCUCCGCCCGCCCCGCGCCGCCCUCGCCUUGAGCAGCCGGGCCGGGCGCCACUGCUGAAUGUGCACUAGCGGCGUGGAUGUUGUGUGGAACCGCGUGCCGUACCAGUGGCGUGGUACACUUCGUGAGCGGCGCGACAGUUCGAUUUGGGGCCGCCGCGGGCAUCCCACGCUGUCUUCCCGACGGAGCAUCGCGGGCGCUCCGACGGGCACCUUGUCGACGCCGCCUUUCCGACGGGCACUUCCUUGACAUCGUCUUUCCGACAGGUACAUCGUCGACAUCCUAUUUCCGGCGCGUACCUCGCGGACGCCGCUGCCUCACCGCCGGGCACCCCGCGAACUCCGCUUUUCCCGACGCGCCACUCGCAGACCCGACAACGUUUUGGAACUGGACGUCCAGGACCUCGAGGCGCUCAUGGCAUGAGGAAACCCGCAGCCCGCAGCCACCAGCGCGGGCGUGCCCCUCGUCACACGGUCGUCACGUCGCGUCACGGCCCACUGAGUGUGAGAGUGACGGGCCGGAGUGGAGCCGGAGCGAGGGGGCGGAGAUCGCUGAGCAGCCAGGGAGUGACGAGAGACUAGGCCUUCCUCCGGGAAAAGGUCGAAGCCGAGUGAAGUGCUCACGGACUGAGUGACGCGAUGCUGGUGCCGCUGCUGGCCGUGCUGGCCGGUGCCGUGCUUGUGCACGCGCAGGCCCCCCGCCGCCCGCACAUCGUCGUGAUACUCGCCGACGACCUGGGCUGGAAUGACGUCAGCUUCCACGGCUCCGACCAGAUCCCGACUCCCAACAUCGACGCGCUCGCCUACAACGGCAUCGUGCUCAACAACUACUACACGCAGCCCAUGUGCACGCCGUCCCGGGCGGCGCUGCUGACUGGGCUGCACCCCGUGCACACGGGCAUGCAGCACGGCGUCAUCCUGGAGCCCGAGCCGUGGGGCCUGCCGCUGGACGUGCCCGUGCUGCCCCAGUACCUGCGGGGGCUGGGCUACCGCGCGCACGCCGUCGGCAAGUGGCACCUCGGCUACUUCCGGGCCAACUACACGCCCACCGCCCGCGGCUUCCACUCGCACUACGGCCUGUGGAACGGCUACCACGACUACUACACGCAUCACGCGCAGGCGUCCUUCAUCGACAUGGACGGCUUCGACAUGCGUCGGGGCAUGGAGGUGGACUGGGCGUCGCGCGGCCGCUACUCCACGGACCUGUUCACCGAGGAGGCCGAGCGGAUCGUGCGCAGCCACCCCGUCGGCGACGGGGCGCCGCCCCUCUUCCUGUACCUGGCGCACCUCGCCCCGCACUCGGGCAACUACGAGGCGCCGCUGCAGGCACCCGUCGAGACCAUCAAGGCCCUGGCGCACAUCAAGGACCCCGAGCGGAGGGUGUACGCAGCCAUGGUGUCCCGGCUGGACGACUCGGUGGGCCGCGUGGUGCAAGCCCUCCAGGAGAAGGGCAUGCUCUCCAACUCGGUCAUCGUUUUUGCGUCGGACAACGGCGCCAUCACCUCGGGCAUCCACCCGAACAAGGGUUCCAACUGGCCCCUGAAGGGGGUGAAAGGCGGGCCCUGGGACGGCGCGGUCAGGGUGCCGGCCUGCGUGUGGUCGCCGCUGCUCCGACGCCCACGCCGCACCUCCCAGCAACUCAUGCACGUCACCGACUGGCUGCCCACCCUGUUGGCCGCCGCAGGUGCGGCCCCGGCUCCCGACCGGGUGCUCGACGGCGUCAACCUGUGGGAGUCGCUGUCUCUAGGACGCGCCGAGGGGACGAGCUCCCCGAGGCAGGAGGUGCUCGUCAACAUCGACUACCGGGGCUCGGGCGCGGGCGGGUACGCCGCGCUCCGCCUGGGCGACUACAAGUACGUCAACGGCACGGCGCUGCUGGGCUACCAGGACACGUGGCUCGGCGAGUCGGGCAGAGAGGAGCCCGCACCAGGAGUCGCGGCCGUGCCCCGGGCCCUGUCCAGCCCCACGGCGCGUGCCAUCGCGGCCGCGGGGCUGGGCCUCGCCGACCCCGACCGCUGCGAUGCGGUCCGCCGCUCGGCGACGCUGCGCUGCGAGCAGGGCGCCGACAAGGACGGCUUCCGCUACCCGGCGUGCAGGCCGCUCGUCGCACCCUGCGUGUUCGACCUGUCGGCCGACCCGUGCGAGCGCCGCAACCUCUACGGCACCCCAUUCCUGCCGGCCUCGGUGCUGGCCGCGCUCGAGCAGCGGCUCGCCGACCUGAGGCAGACCGUGGUGCCGCCCAGGAACGUCGCCACCGACCUGCGCGCCGACCCCGAGCUGUGGAACGGCACCUGGGCCAACUGGGCGGACCUGCUGGACGAGGCUUCCCUCCGGGGCGCCGGCGAGUUGCCGCGGCCGCGCCUCCGGCCGUCGCGCUGGGGCUGAGCGGGCAGCGGACUGCCAGCGGCCGCCCAAUGAUAAUGGAACUCUGAACAAACUCGAUAUCAUGAUUUUUGUUUUAAACCGUUUGGACCGUUUGUGUACAUGAUUGUACAGCGUUGUAUUUGCUCACACACAAGGUGGCCCACAGGCCUCGGAAUGCCUCGUGGUUUUAGUGUAUUGCAUGCAACCGCUCGGGCGCGCGUUGCCUUCUCGAAAGGGGCUUUAUAGGCGCAUGCGGUAGCGGCACUGUAGCACUACGAUAUUCUCCGGGGUCUGCGGGACGCCCUGUACAGUUACUACCAGGUGGCUGAUUAACCACGCGCACUUCUGUAGUUAUACUGUACCGCACGCACGAGUGCGGGCGGGUUGCCUCGCCCGGCCCGUAAGGCGCCGUGGACAGGAGCGAUAGGCAAGCCCGCCCGCACUCGUGCAUGCGGUACAGUCUAACUACAGAAGUGCGCGGGGUUAAUCAGCCACCUGGUAUAUUUUUAAAUAGUAUCAUGCAUGCAUAACCAUAUUCAGAUUAAUGUCGAAUGCAUCACGCGUGUUCUAUCUGUCCGUGUGCUCUACACGGCUUGGCGUGCUGCUCAGGAGUACGUUCCCAGGCGGGCGGACUCCCCCAGGCAGCAGCGCCCUCCCUGCUGUAGAUAGACUCGCCUCUUUACGAGCGUUGCAUCAGGUUAUUCCGGCCCGCUCUCGCUCCGCUUUGCUCCGCUUUGCUCCGCUAUGCUCUGCUUGGACUCGACGACCGCGUCCGUUUCCCGCGCGAGGAGGAGUAGAGGGGCGCGCCUGAAUACUCUUAUCCCCGACGCUGUGGACACCAGUGAAAUUUUGACGUAAAAGACGCUCUGCGCUAUGCCUGCGCGCCAAGCAGCGCGCUGGCUGUUAAACUGUAAAUUGUACUCAUUCAUAUGUUACUUUCUUAGUUGGUAAGUGCCGCUCUAGCGGCGGUUGUUGAUGUUGUAAAUAAAUUAAAUAUGCAAUUGUUA